AUGGCAGGGGCGAAAAGGAGAAAGAAAAGUGCAGUGUGGAGGAAGAUCCAUGCUCUUCGCUGUGAAGAUAUCAAACUGUGGUGUGUGAGAAGGCUGCCUAUUUUGAAGUGGGCACCCAGCUACAAUUUGAAGGAAAACUUGAUUCCUGAUACAGUCUCUGGGAUGAUGCUGGCAAUUCAACAGGUACCUCAAGGUCUGGCCUUUGCUGUUCUGUCUUCAGUCCAUCCAGUGUUUGGUUUAUAUGGCUCUCUCUUUCCUGUCAUCAUUUAUGCUGUGUUUGGAAUGGGACGCCAUGUUGCAACAGGAACUUUUGCUUUAACUUCCUUGAUAUCUGCCAAUGCAGUUGAACGUCUUGUUUCUCCAGCAAUCAACAAUUUCACUACAAGCAAUAAUUCGGGAGUCUUAGGUUUAUCGGAGUUUGAAAUGCAGAGGAUUGGAGUUGCUGCAGCGGUUUCAUUUUUAGGAGGAAUUAUUCAAGUAGCAAUGUUUGUGCUGCACUUGGGCAGCGCCACGUUCUUGUUGACGGAACCGGUGAUAAGCGCAAUGACAACAGGAGCAGCUACGCAUGUUGUGACUUCACAAGUCAAGUAUCUGCUGGGAAUGAAAAUGCCAUAUAUAUCUGGGCCCCUGGGAUUCUUUUAUAUUUAUGCCUAUAUAUUUGAAAACAUCAAAUCAGUUCAAUUAGAAGCUUUGCUUCUGUCCUUGGUAAGCCUGGUGGUGCUCGUUCUUGUUAAAGAACUGAAUGAAAAAUUUAAAAGAAAAAUUAAAGUAGUUCUUCCCAUCGAUUUAAUUCUGAUCAUUGCUACAUCCAUUGGCUGCUACUGUGCUGAUAUGGAAUACACGUAUGGCCUAGAAGUUGUGGGACAUAUUCCAGAAGGGAUACCAGCACCGAAAGCCCCAUCUCUGAACAUCCUCUCUGAAGUAGUUACUGAAGCUUUUGGAGUAGCGUUAGUUGGUUAUGUAGCAUCACUAGCCCUGGCUCAAGGCUCUGCUAAAAAGUUCAAAUACUCUGUGGAUGAUAACCAGGAGCUUUUGGCUCAUGGCCUCAGCAAUGUGAUUCCUUCAUUUUUCUUUUGCAUACCAAGCGCUGCAGCGAUGGGACGUACUGCACUUUUAUAUAGCACCGGAGCAAAAACACAGGUGGCUUGCCUUAUAUCUUGUAUUUUGAUACUUGUGGUGAUCUAUGCAAUAGGACCAAUGCUAUACUGGCUGCCCAUGUGUGUUCUAGCAAGUAUCAUUGUUGUGGGUCUAAAGGGAAUGCUAAUGCAGUUCCGUGAUUUAAAAAAAUAUUGGAAUGUGGAUAAAAUAGAUUGGAGCAUAUGGGUUAGUACCUAUGUAUUUACAGUAUGCUUUGCUGCUAACGUGGGACUAUUGUAUGGAGUUGUCUGCACUAUAGUUAUAGUGAUUUUCCGCUUCCAAAGAGCAAAGACACUGAGUUUGAAAAAUAUGAAAGAAGUGGAAUGUAAAUUCAAAACAGAAGCUGAUCAUGAAUCUUUACAACAGGUAAAGAUAGUUUCAGUGAACAACCCACUAGUAUUUCUGAAUGCCAAGAAGUUCCAUCAUGACCUAAUAAGGAUAAUCCAGAAGGAUAGUGCAAGCACCCAGCCACAUGAUGAUCUAAACAAGUGUGAACAGAACACGUUGCUCAAUCCAGUAUCCAAUGGAAAUUGUCAUGGUGAGCUGUCAUUACAGCCAUGCCCCAACGAGAGAUGUGCUUUAAUAUUAGACUGCAGUGGACUGACUUUCUUUGACUAUACCGGAGUCUCUGUGCUUCUUCAGAUUUACAUGGAUUUUAAAAACAGAAGUAUCGAUGUGUUACUAGCACAUUGUAAAGCAUCCUUGGUAAAAGCAAUGCAGUACAGUGGAAAUCUAGGAUCUGAAAAUCCUAUCUUCUUUGAAUCUGUUUCCUCUGCAAUUGGUGCCAUUCAUUUAAACAGGAAUUUCAGCAAACUCAGUGAUCACAGUGAAGUGUGA